UGUGACAGCAGAGAAUUUAAUUUCAUUGUGACUGGGCGGUUAGCUGGUGAGGUGUAUGUCCACAAGAAACAUCUCGUGUGAAAAUACCAGGUGGUUUAAAACUAAGUAGUGUGUACUGUAGGUUUUCCCCCCGCACUCCAUCCAUUCAGAUUGGGACUUCCAUCUGCCACGCCAGACUACACGCGCCCUCAUAGCUGUCACUGAGGAAGCAGGAGGCUUCGCAUCUUGGAACACCCAAAAAAUCUCAAACAGGAGAGAUGCCUUUAUCGGACGGAGUAAGGAGGGUCAAGUCUACGUUGUGUCUGGUCAUCUUGGUCCACUUUAUUGCUGAUUCAUGGGCCAUCACCUGCUCCUCUACCCAGUUCCAGUGUGGGAACGGCAGAUGCAUUACAUCCCGCUGGGUAUGCGACGGCUCACUCGACUGUGCUGAUGGAACGGAUGAGCUGCCAGCCGCCUGCCAGAACAAGACGUGCUCCCCAACUGAGUUCCAUUGUGGUGGGCGCCUGAAUCAGUGUGUGCCAUCUGGCUGGCGUUGCGAUGGAAAGAGUGACUGUGAGAACGGUGCUGACGAGGAGGGAUGUGCUCCAAGGACGUGCUCCGAUGGCGAGUUCGCCUGCAGCAGUGGCCAGUGUGUGGCGCUGUCCUUCGUGUGCGACGAGGAAGCCGACUGUGACGAUGGCAGUGAUGAGGCUAACUGUCCAACGCCCACCUGCCGCCCUGGCACCUUCCAGUGCAACGACCUCCGGUGUGUGCCGCGGCUGUGGGCAUGCGACGGAGACGCUGACUGCCUGGACGGGUCAGACGAGUGGCCGCAGAACUGCCCUGGCAGGGGGACCCAGCUGCCCACCAAGGCACCCUGCUCAGCACUGGAGUUCCACUGUGGCAAUGGAGAGUGCAUCCAUGGUGGUUGGAGGUGCGACGGCGGGAACGACUGCGAUGACGGCUCUGAUGAAGUCAACUGCACACACGUGACGUGCCGUCCAGACCAGUUCCAGUGUAAUGAUGGCAGCUGUAUCUACGGCAGCUACCAGUGUGAUGGGCAAUAUCAGUGCAAAGACCAGAGCGAUGAGCUUGGCUGUCCUACUAGGGUGACGUGUGAGGACCCAGAUCACUUCAAGUGCCGCAACGGGGCGUGCAUCAGCCUGGAGAGAGUGUGUGACCAGAGGAACGACUGCAAGGACUGGUCUGAUGAACCGCUGAAGGACUGUGGUACCAACGAGUGCCUGAGCAACAACGGGGGCUGCUCCCACACGUGUAAUGAUCUCAAGAUCGGCUUCCAGUGCAGCUGUCCUACUGGAUUUCAUCUGGUCAACAAGACCAAAUGUGAAGACAUCAAUGAAUGUGACGGCCCCGACACUUGCAGUCAGCUGUGCAUCAACAGCGAGGGCAGCUACAAGUGUGACUGCUACGACGGCUACGAGAUGGACCUCAUGACCAACGAGUGCAAGGCCAUCGCAGGAGGCAUCCCCUACCUGUUCUUCACUAACCGCCAUGAGGUCAGGAAGAUGACGCUGGACAAGCGAGAGUACACCAGCAUCAUCCCCCAACUGAAGAACGUGGUCGCCCUCGACGUGGACAUGGCCAGCCAGAAGAUCUUCUGGUCCGACCUGGCCCAGAAGAAGAUCUAUAGCUCCGAGCUGGGCAAGGCCUCAGACGCGUCCCAGCACAGCACGGUUAUUGGCACCGGCGUUGAGGCUCCUGAGGGGCUGGCCAUCGACUGGAUCCACGGAAACAUCUAUUGGACAGACGCCACCUUCGGAACAAUCUCCGUAGCAACCGCCACUGGCACCAAGCGCAAAACCCUGAUCCGGGAUGGCUUGCAAAAACCCCGCGCCAUUGUGGUCGACCCAGCAACCAACUUCAUGUACUGGACUGACUGGGGAACUCCAGCCAAGAUCGAGAAGAGUGGCCUGAAUGGAGCAGGACGCGUCCCCUUGGUUACGGACAACAUCCUUUGGCCCAAUGGCCUGACUCUGGACAUUGUAAGCCAGAAGUUGUACUGGGUUGACUCCAAGAUGCACACUCUGUCCAGCGUUAGUGUGCAGGGGACCGGUCGUCACACAAUAAUCUCCGACGCAAGAAAACUUGCCCAUCCUUUGUCUUUGACCGUCUUUGAGGAGAAAGUGUUCUGGACAGAUGUGUCUCACAAUGCAAUCAUGAGCGCCAAUCGCCACACAGGAAAUGACAUCACCACGGUGGUGAAUCGCCUUCACUCGCCAGAGGACAUUGUGCUGUACCACAGCAACAAGCAGCCUGCAGGCAAGAACUGGUGCACAGAAGGCAACCUUGUGAACGGCGGGUGUUCGUUCCUCUGCCUGCCUGCUCCACACAUCAACGACCACUCUCCCAAGUACACCUGUGCCUGUCCUGAUAACAUGAUCCUUGGGCCUGACAUGAGGAACUGUGUGGCCGCCCUACCCGCUACUACACCAAAGAGCCCUCCUAAGCAGCCCAAGCCAGCUACUACAACGACAACGACGACGACGACGAUGCCCCCUGCUACGACGACGACCCCCGCUACGUCUACCUCAAGUCCAGCUGCACCACGCGAACUCCCCGUCGACCCAAACACCAAUCCCAAUGUGAAGGCAGAGGUCCCGGUACAAGAAGGCACCAAUGAUGGAUACGUUGCUGUUCCCGAUACUGGCAAACACACCCCUAAGGCUUUAUACGUCGUCAUACCCGUGGUGAUCAUGUGCCUGGCUGUGUUUGGUGGGCUGCUGGUGUGGAGACACUGGAGGCAGAGGAACACCAACACCAUCCACUUCGACAACCCCGUCUACCAGAAGACCACCGAGGACGAGGUGCACAUCUGCAGACGGAACAGCACAGAUGGCUACACAUACCCCUCGCGGCAGAUGGUGAGCAGCAUGGAUGAAGACUUUGCCUGAUAUCUACAAUGCCCCCCCCCGUAAGCUGACAUUCGGUGGAAAAUGAAGUUCGUUGAGAGAUGCUGCUUAUUGUCGAAUCGCGUUAAUGAAAAAAAAACCUUUCUAGAGAAGAAGGGUCUGACCUCCCUACUGUGGUACUCGACGUCCAUGAAAACCUUAAAUAGUCCAAAAGAACUGAUGAAAACAAGAAGGUCUAUCUGAGGCCACAGUGAGCUAUUUUGUUCUUAAUUUGCUGUUUUAUCCAUGUUGUUUGUUUAUUUUAUAUAUUGUACCUGAUGGAUCGAUCUGAAGACUCAGAAUUCCUAUGAAGGACUAAUGCACAGAUGCAGAGAAAUAUUUACGGCAUAGUUUGGAUGGAACGUGUUGAAUGUUUUCUAGAUCUUUGUUUUGAGGUCUACUUAAAGCUGCAAUUUUCUGCGAACCUUGAAAAAAUCAUCACCGAAUGUAAAUGUUUGUUCGUUCACCAUAAUCGUUUGCUCCUGUGGUUACAUUAGACUUUCAAAGUCUCUAAAAGGUCUGCGACUUGCACUAUUGAAAAGUCCCUUUUCUACAACUGAUGAGAACAGAUGUAGAACGAACUCUUUUUUUUGUAUCCACUGAAGGCUCCCUGUUUGAUUGUUAUAUUAUAAUAGGAUGUGGAUGAAUGAAUGAUGGCAGUACUUAAAGGGGUAUGCCACUAUUUUGGGGCAUAUUACAGUUAAAAUCGUUGGGCAGGGUUUAUAAAGGUGAUA